AUGGACUGUCCAGCUGACUGUAGCCUGGACUGUGCUUUGAGUGUCGCCUCCCACAGAGUGCUCUCUGGCGAGUGUCGGUGCCUGUACCGCUGGGCCGUGUUUGGUGCCGCGCCUGUACCGGCAGGCCGUGUUCAGUGCCGUGUUCAGUGCCGCGCCUGUACCUGUACCGGCGGGCCGUGUUCAGUGCCGUGUUCAGUGCCGCGCCUGUACCGGCGUGCCGUGUUCAGUGCCGUGUUCAGUGCCGCGCCUGUACCUGUACCGGCGGGCCGUGUUCAGUGCCGCGCCUGUACCUGUACCGGCGGGCCGUGUUCAGUGCCGUGUUCAGUGCCGCGCCUGUACCGGCGUGCCGUGUUCAGUGCCGUGUUCAGUGCCGCGCCUGUACCUGUACCGGCGGGCCGUGUUCAGUGCCGUGUUCAGUGCCGCGCCUGUACCGGCGUGCCGUGUUCAGUGCCGUGUUCAGUGCCGCGCCUGUACCGGCAGGCCGUGUUCAGUGCCGUGUUCAGUGCCGCGCCUGUACCUGUACCGGCGGGCCGUGUUCAGUGCCGUGUUCAGUGCCGCGCCUGUACCGGCGUGCCGUGUUCAGUGCCGUGUUCAGUGCCGCGCCUGUACCUGUACCGGCGGGCCGUGUUCAGUGCCGUGUUCAGUGCCGUGCCUGUACCGGCGUGCCGUGUUCAGUGCUUUGUUCAGUGCCGCGCCUGUACCUGUACCGGCGGGCCGUGUUCAGUGCCGUGUUCGGUGCCGCGCCUGUACCGGCGGGCCGUGUUCAGUGCCGUGUUCAGUGCCGCGCCUGUACCUGUACCGGCGGGCCGUGUUCAGUGCCGCGCCUGUACCUGUACCGGCGGGCCGUGUUCAGUGCCGUGUUCGGUGCCGCGCCUGUACCGGCGGGCCGUGUUCAGUGCCGUGUUCAGUGCCGCGCCUGUACCUGUACCGGCGGGCCGUGUUCAGUGCCGUGUUCAGUGCCGCGCCUGUACCGGCGGGCCGUGUUCAGUGCCGUGUUCAGUGCCGCGCCUGUACCUGUACCGGCGUGCCGUGUUCAGUGCCGCGCCUGUACCGGCGAGCCGUGUUCAGUGCCGUGUUCAGUGCCGCGCCUGUACCUGUACCGGCGGGCCGUGUUCAGUGCCGCGCCUGUACCGGUGUGCCGUGUUCAAUGUUCUUGCUAGGGUUACCGAUUUCCAUCUUCAAUGA